UGUGACGUUCAGCAACGUUCAGAGACUACUACUAGUUUCCGGCAAUAACAUUUUCUUCCAGCACGUCCAAAUCGACCCCAGGCCUUGGUGAUAUGGCAUCAGAAGCGGAGCUCAAAGCCUUUAUCGGUCGCCAUCGUGAGCUGCUCUCAAAGGAACGCAACGCAGAAAUCGAGCGAACUGCUCUGCUGCUCACAAACUGCGGCCCUAAACUUCUGGAACAAAAAGGGCUUGCGCUUGGGAGUCUGAGUGUGGUUGGAAUUAACAUAGGCCUAGGCGGGAAAACAUUAGUCGAACUAGAGCGUCCUACAGCGUUUCACACUUCACAGUUAUUUCCUCCUCACAACUUCAGACCGGGAGACCUCGCUCGUAUCGAAGAGAAUGUAUCCUCGAAUACUACCGCCAAAAAAUCUGCAAAAAGUAAGAAGGCCCCAUCUGCUGGCGCUGAAAGCCCCCAUACUGCAGAAGGUGUGGUAUACAAAGUGUCAGAUACACGCAUCGUCAUUGCGGUGGACUCUUCAGAUUCCAGAUCAGACGAUCUUGACCUUCCUGAGCGCUGUCGAGUACUCAAAUUGGCUAAUAGCGUCACUUAUGACAGAAUGGAUAAAGCGCUCAGCCAGUUAGAAAAAACCUGCAUUCCUUCAUCAAGACAGUCUAGUGACAAAGGUGACUAUGAGCUAACACCUCUCAUCCGAGUUUUACUCGGAAUGUCACCACCUUCUGAAAAGAUUCCUAUUGCGGAACUUAAGUUCUUUGACGAAUCUCUCAAUCCGAGCCAGCAACAAGCUGUCAAAUUCUCCCUUGAAUCCCAGGAAGUCGCUUGUAUCCAUGGUCCACCUGGGACAGGGAAAACACAUACCUUGAUCGAAAUUAUACGACAACUCACCUCUCCUUCGGAGAAUAGCAUCAAUGAGAAACAGAAGCGCAUCCUUGUGUGUGGCGCUUCCAACCUAUCUGUCGAUAAUAUCCUAGAGCGUCUUCUUGCCAUACCACCUCCUGAGAGGGGCAAGAGAACGCUCUUGACAGCUACUCGCAUAGGCCAUCCCGCGCGCGUAAUGGCUAAUCAGGGCGUCUUAGAAGCAACGCUAGAAGUGAAGGCCAACAAGAGCGAUCAAGCCGCACUUGCAAGGGACGUCAAAACUGAGAUUGAAUCAACGCUCGAUGUGCUUGCUGGGAAGGGGAAAGGCUCCAAGAAACCGAGAGGUUCGGAACGCAAGAAGAUGUGGGAGGAGGUAAAGGCUCUUAGGAAGGAAUACAGGCAGCGCGAAGGCGGAGUUGUCAAGACUGUCCUCGGAGAGUCUCAGGUCGUCCUUGCUACAUGUCAUUCCGCUGGUAGCAGGCAGCUCCGUGACCAUAAGUUUGAUGUAGUCAUUAUUGACGAAGCAACACAAGCGCUCGAAGCGGUGUGCUGGAUUCCGAUAUUCAAGGCGAAAAAGCUCAUACUGGCGGGCGACCCGAUGCAAUUGCCACCUACGAUUCUCUCUAUCGACAAACAUAAGAAGAAUACACCGGGGACUGCGACACCAAAAAAGAGCGCAAGUACUGUGAAUGAUGAGAAGAAGUCGCAAGAGUCGAUGGCACCAAAGCCUGAGCUGCCUAAAGAAGACGAGGGCACGAGUCCCAGUGAUACGGAUUCCGAAGCGGAAUCGGUGAAAGGAGAUGAAAUCAUGGCACAAGACACAACAGUCGAAGUGUCCGAAGGAGGAUCCCAGCCGAAUCCAAAGCCUGAAACAAAAACUCGAAAGGAGGCAAAGAAACGAACUGGCUUGCGACCACCUCGUACAUUAGAAACAACGCUCUUUGACCGACUCGAGAGGAUGUAUGGUCCAGAUAUAAAACGCCUGCUCAAUGUUCAAUACCGCAUGCACUCGCAGAUCUGCCAGUUUCCUUCCAAAACACUUUACGCGUCAAAGCUCGUGUCCCAUCAAUCUGUCAGAUCUCAUCUCCUCAAGGACCUACCCACCGUCAGCGCCUUUACUGCCUCCAAAGACGAGGACACCAUCAAAGAAAUACUAGGAACGCCAGUCGUGUUUUAUGACACUACGGGUUGCGAAUACUUCGAGCGAGUAGACGGAGAUAAUGACGAAGGCAGCCGCUGCAACGAGAACGAAGCAGCCGUAGUGUCAAAAUGGGUCGAAAGGCUGGUGGGAGCUGGAUUGCUGCCAUCACAAAUUGCCCUGAUCACCCCAUACCAAGCCCAAGUUACUCUUCUCACUUCCUUGCUUAGGCCAGUGUAUGGUCUUGAGCUUGAGAUUGGGACAGUCGAUGGGAUGCAGGGGCGAGAGAAAGAUGCUGUCAUUAUCAGCUUGGUGCGCAGUAAUGACAAGCGCGAAGUUGGGUUUCUGAAAGAGAAGAGACGUAUGAAUGUCGCCAUGACUCGAGCCAAGAGACACUUGUGUAUCGUGGGUGAUUCGUCGACUGUGAAGCAUGGCAGCCCGUAUUUGAAGAAAUGGCUUGCUUGGCUUGAGGCACAUGCGGAUGUGAGGUUUGCGGAAUUUGAUUCCAUUUAAUCGUGGAUCUGGCCCCUGAUCAGCUGUGGGUGAUCACAAUCUAACCCUGUGAUUGCAAUUAUCAAUAUGGGUGGUACAACGCGAAUAUACGAUGAAUCGCCUUGCAGAACGAAUGGGUUU